CAUUCAUAGGGCUGGGCAGGCAGGCAAGGCGCAGGAGCGGCAGGGACACCAUCAGCGACGAAGUGUGGAACCUAAAAGAUGGUUUCUCACUGACAACACCAGGCCACUUCAAUCCGCACUGUCUUUACUAGCCAUUUCUACAUCGGACAUCCCUUUUACUUAAAUCGAAACCAUCUUUCCAGGAAUGGAAAUCGAGUGUCUCGGUUGAUGACUGGAGGUCCCAUCCUUUUUGUCGACCUGCCGCGGAAAUAGACUGACUUCCUAGCUGCCUGUCUCACCGCUGCCGCAGACCCUACCACUCCACUCGGCUCAUUUAUUUCAGACAGUCCGCAGACGACAGGCUUUGGCAUCUGGACAUAUCAGAACGGGUCUGUCGCAGUAAAUAAGGAAACGUGCUGUGUGCUUUUGCUGCCUGUAUGAUGCCGACACAUUUGCGGUUCCGGAGAAGGUCAUUCCUUGGGCUUUUAUUCCUUUUUUCACUGUCCACCUCGGCAUUGUAUUUCAUCUAUUCCGCCCCCGGAAUCGUGAAUGAAUAUGUGUUCAUGGUCCAAGCCAGAGGCAUCCAGAUCAGGGAGAAUGUGAAGAACAUUGGAGCUCAAGUUCUGGAGCAAGUGGUUAGAGGAGCUUACAGCGUAAAUGGAACCGAUUAUUCUUAUGAAUUCAACUUCAGCGAGAGUGAUGCUCCUCCUACCGCAUACCUCCCUGAGGGCUUCACAUACUUCCCCUCACAGGUUUGCCCCGAGAGACUGCCCUCCAUGAAGGGCAGGUUGAAGGUCAACAUGAGUGAAGUAUCUCUGGAAGAGGUGGAAAGAUCCAUACUGGAGCAAGAGCUCAGCACUGCCCCCGGUGGCUUUUGGAAACCCAAAGAUUGUUUACCUCGCUGGAAGGUGGCAAUCCUAGUUCCAUUUAGGAACAGACACGAACACUUGCCCAUCCUCCUGAGACACCUGGUGCCAGUACUGCAGAAGCAGAAACUCCAGUUUGCCUUUUAUGUCAUAGAGCAGACGGGUACAGAGCCAUUUAAUCGAGCCAUGUUGUUUAAUGUGGGCUACAAGGCGGCUAUGAAAGACCUGGACUGGGACUGUCUGAUUUUCCAUGAUGUGGACCACCUCAUGGAGAACGACAGGAACUACUACGGCUGUACAGGCAUGCCACGACAUUUUGCGGUCAAACUCGACAAGUACUCCUACAUGCUUCCAUAUAAUGAGUUCUUUGGUGGUGUCAGUGGCCUGACGGUGAAGCAGUUCGAAAAGAUUAAUGGAUUUCCUAAUGCAUUCUGGGGCUGGGGAGGAGAGGACGAUGACCUCUGGAACAGGGUGCAGUUUGCCAAUUACACAGUAAGUCGACCUCAUGGAGAACAGGGACGCUACAUGUCAAUUCCACAUCACCAUCGCGGGGAAGUGCAGUUCCUGGGAAGGUAUAGUCUACUACGUCACUCAAAAGAGAGACAGAAAGUGGAUGGUCUUAACAAUCUAAACUACUCCCCCCUAAUCUCCAGAAGGCGUCUCUACACCAACAUCACAGUCAGCUUGAGCAGAAAGCUUGCACCUGUAGCUGACUACUGACGUAGGCAGAGCUGGACUGCAAAACACCUGGGAAUCAAAGUCCUCUAGGACAUCAGCCAUAUCUCACCAGUUGCAGCACUGCUUUACACUUUUUAGUUGACAGUGUUUUGUUGUUUUGAAUUUUUUUCUUUCUUUUUUUUGUCUAUUUGUAUGCACCAAAAGAAGAAAACAGAAAUGGAGACUCAAAUUAAUAUCCUUGAUAAAUCAUAAAAGAAAAUGGGGAUAAAUGCUGCACUUGUGUGCCACAGUUCAUCACUCUUUUCAUCUGGUCGUAUCUACACUUUAGUCUCCGCAUGCCUUUUGCACCAUUUUGGCCUUCAGCACACAUUCACUGAGUCUGCUUCUUUUUCUGUCUUCAUGUUGCGCCACCUUGAUUUUUGUGCUUGACUAAAAAUAGGCUAGGACACAAAUGCGCAUUCAAGUGCACACGCAUGCACACACACGCAAACAAGAGUAUAACUUACACUUGCUUACAUGGUCCAGAAGCUUUGUUUUGUUUGUUUUUUUGUUCUUUCUCUUGCACUUCUUAUUUCAUAAAUGCAGUAGAUCUGUGAAAACAUGCAUGCACACACGCGCACACACCACACAACUUCGAUCGCGUGAACUCUUGCAGCUGGUUCUGCAAUUAGAUAUGCCAAAUCUACAAGUGAAGGUAGUAAGAACAGAGGAUAUAUUGUAUGUAAAGUAGUUUAUUCUAAGUUCAGAGAAUAUGGAUUCCUUGAUCAUCUCUUUAUCUGUAAUUUAUCCUUUGAACAUACCAUUCCAAGUCUGUGAUGUUUGUGUUUGCAUAGUUGCAUUGAAUGUUCUGGCUGCCUGCAAGUGGCUGUAUGUUGGAGUGCAAUGCUCAUCCUGUUAGCAAUAAGCUGUAAUAUCAGACAGCAUAAAUUAGCCCUGACUUCCUUACUGUACAGAUGCAAUAGCAUGGGUGCUAGCAUGCCCUUAUUGGACAACAGAGAAAGAGUCACUGCAUAUGCAAACUUCACAUUCAGCUCCACUUUGCCUAAGCAAACACGCCACCCUUUUCCGAACUCGUGUGUCUGCGUGCAUGUCUGUGUGCAAGUGAGGGUGAGCUAUGCAAAUGGCCUGCAUGCAUCUCCUCGUCAGAGCAAAGUUAUCGGGGUGACCCACAAGAGUCGCCGUUUCUGAAACUCUGACAGACCUCACUUAGCGUGCAGCGCGCAAAUCCAGGCCAGAGAAAAUGAGAAAAUAGUUGUAGAUGUAUUUUUAGAUCCCACAUCCUUAAUGUUUACUCACCUUCAUUUUUACAGAAGAGAUUUGGAGGUAGAGAAUACUUGAUUGCUGUCACUGUCACUGGUGUUUACAGAAGCUUUUGCUUUAUUUUUCAGACUGUGUAGUACUUGUUUUACUGUUAGCCUGCCCUCCAUCCACGGUGCCCUGAUGAUCUCUUCAACAACCCAGCUUUGGCUGCCUUUGUUCCAUUUUUUUCUUUUUUCCCCUUCCUUUUUUUCUAAAUUGACACUUCUCUGUUUCUGUAAAGAAAAGCAGAUGUAAAUGCUUAUUUACUUUGGGUAAAAACCACUGAUUAGCUUUUUGAACUUGUGGCCAGACUACAGCUUGUGAGUUUCUUUUUGCAGAUCAAACAUUGAGUUAUUGAUCUGUUUAGAGUUUUUAUUUUUUUGUUUUUUGUUUUUUUUUUCUCUCCAGUGGCAUGCAGCCUAACACUGUGCAUUGACACCGGCUUCUCUGGUCAUAUAUAGCAGCUUUCUCCAAUGUGUGUGUUUGACAGUGUUGAUUUAUGGGUCAAAUAUCCCAAUACUGUAAAUGUAAUUCAUUUUUAAGAUAUCAUACAGACAUAGUCUCCUCACUGUCUGUCCUCUAGUCAUGCAGCUACUUCAUUUCACACAAAUCGCCUUGUAUGCAUUUUUUAAGAAGUAUCUUUUGGGAGACAUGCGGUUGAUUGACCAACUGUUGUGUUCCCACAAUUCAAAUAAGAAAUAAAGAGGCUGGACCUCACUAUUUAUUUUGACAGAUUAAUUUCCUUAAUAUUUCAGUUUUUAUUUUUCCUGAGGUGAUGUGAUGAUAGAAAGCGACAUAUGGUAGGCUGUGUUAGAUGCACUGAAAGACAGUUGUGUGUAUUUUUGUGGGAUUGUGAGGUUCAGGUCUGUGUAAAUGGGGCUGUUCCAUUUCAUUCAGAUGCUAAUUUCCUCUUGGGAUGUGACACAAAUAGCUGGGAUGAAUGAAUUGGAAUGGUACCUGUAUUGUAGCCUGGUGUUAAAUUAAAUUAAUCUUAUGAAUAGACAUGUUGGAGGAGGCCAUUUUGUGUGACAACCACAGGAAAUGCAAGACACAGAGUUAGGAAAUGCUAGUGGCCACUGUCCUUCACUGAUCACCUCCAUUAUACUAAAUGAUAAUCAAUGGUGCUGACCUUCCAGAUCUCCCAGAAGGGACCUCCUCUACAUGCUUACUGGAGCCGAUUUUUACACCACAGAGGCUGAUAUCAACAGGCAAAACAUCCUUUAGACUUUUAUGGCUCUUUCAUUUUAUGUCAUCGUUACAUUCAUAAAGCUGAGUAGAUAUUCAGAGUUAUAGGAUCCAUAGAUUAGUAAGCCUGCUGCCUUUUCAUCCUGCCAGGCAAAGCUAAUUCAUGUAUAUUGAUGUACAGCUCCAGUUCAUUGCAAAAAGCAUGUGUUUACCCCCUAGCCAGUUACUCAGGAGGUGCCCAGUGGAAGUCAUGGACAGUAGCAGCAAUCGUGUUAAGUUUUGUUUUCCAUGUGUGUUUGAGUGAAAUGGCUAAACCUUACAGAGGUCUAACCAUCCUCCAUCUAUAUUUUCAAGUCCUUGCAUUUUCUUUUUCCAAGCACUGAUAAGAACAUGACUUAGGUGUGAACAACUGGCAGGUUUUCUUUCUUGUUGUUGACAUGACACACUGUAUAUUGACUUUUUAUUUUUAAUCAUUAAAUUGCUUUACAUUAAAAGCUAGUUGGACUUAUAGCAAAAGCCAAAUGGUUUUAGUGUGAGUGUUCAGGGGAAGAUUUAGACUAUGGGUGACCCCUCGAUAUAAAGACUUCCUCUGGAUGAUCUAAAUGCUCUCAGAGUCUAAAUGGGCUUUAUACUUAACAAUAUACAAUAAGCAACCUCAUCAGCCAUGAUCGCACUUAAAUAAAUGCUGUUUUUUGUGACGAAUAGACAGUUUUGGCCACUAGAUAAUUAACGGACAAAUUUGUCAGCGUGCUCCUACUUUUAUUUAAACUGGUAAAUAGUUUUAUUCCGUCUGUGAUAAGAGCAUGCUGGCAAGUCUUGCUCCUGUUAUAUAUAUAUAUAUGUAUAUAUAUAUAUAUAUAUAUAUAUAUAUAUAUAUAUAUAUAUAUAUAUAUAUAUAUAUAUAUAUAUACAGUAAUGUACAUGGUCUCUGUCCAGACCAAGACUGCUGCUCACUGAAAAAGGCUUCAUCGUAUCAAAGUUUCACCUGUCCUGAUCUGUUCUGCGCCAGUUUAAAUGAAGGGACCAUUCUUUGGGCAUCUGACAAAACUGGCAGCCUUAAAGCUUCCUAAGUUAUUGCAGUGUUUUGUUUUUCUUUUUGUUUGUUUUUUAAAUUGAUUUUCUCUCUUUUUUCACUCAAGUUUUUAUUUUUUUUAUAAGCAAAAAUAUUUAAAUAGAAGAAAAAAGUGCAUAUCAAGAUAUGAUCAUUGUAAAUAUUGUUGUUGUGUGUAGUGUUUUAGAAGUUCUAUAAGGUCUUAAAUCACUACAGAUGCUAGCAUAAAGAACAAGGCUUCAGGAACGGGGUCGGCUCGGGGUUUUUCUUGUGCCAUUUACGUGCUAGUGGAGCUUACACAGUGACAUCAAUGUUUUUACAUCACUGCUUCCAAGCACAAAUUUUUCUUUUUUGUUUUUUCUUUGUUGUAUUUUUUAUUUUUUUAGAUAUUCUUAUUCCAUCAAAUUUUAAAAAUCCUCUCGUCUCAAAGGUCUUCUGCAUUCUGCAGGCUUCCCCCGUACUCAGUGUGCCGUGACAGAAGAAGAGACACAUCACAGCAGAAGAAGACAUCAAUUUAAUUUUCAGAUGAAGUUAGGUGCCCUUCUUUCAGCGUGACGAUGUCUCUUUGUGCAUGACGGCAACUGGGGUAAGGUGGAGGUCACAAGAAACCGCUGCAGUAUAGGAAUCUUUCAGCCAACAAGAAAAAACAUUAAAAAAAAAAAAAAAACAACUUACGCUUGCAAUGCAAGGAAAUACAGAUCCCCAAACCAGCGACACAAUCCACUUCAAAAUCACACAAGAUUUUUUUUUUUUUUGUAUGAAAGUUAAAUAUUAAAACAAGAAGAUACAGAUAUCUAAAUUUAAAAUAUUUCUUUGAUUGUGAUUGUAAGGAGAGAAAGUCUCCUUGAAUUGAAGCCAUUCGAAGCCACUUGUCAAAACUUGAUGUCAGCCUUAUGUGGAUCUGUUAGUGUAUUGGCAUAUUAUCUUUUGAUUAUUGAAAUUUGUAUGAUGGAGAUUUUCUUUUAUACCAUCAUUGUUAUUGUCAAAGUACACCAAUAAAACGAAACUU